AUGUCCCUAGUGUCAAGAGGACUUCGAUCAGGUGCUUUAGAUAAUCCCCGAGCAGCGCAAGAAAUUUUAAGAUCGAUGGGGCAUGAUAUGUCAAUUAAUGGCAUCCACAAGUCAUUGAGACGAAAUGGACUUAAAUCUCGUAGAAAAGCUAAAAAGCAUAGGCAUCUUACUAUUGCUGAUUGGCGUCGUUGGGUGUUUUCGGAUGAAACAAGAAUAAACCUUUGGGGCUCAGAUGGUAAUUCUUUUUACUGGACGAAUGGUGGCCUAAUCAUGCAGUCGUAUCAAGUCAAGUCUCAGUUGCAGGGAAAUGACGGUGGGGUUAUGUUCUGGAGUUGCAUAACAGCGGAGGGGCCUGGUUAUGGUAUUACCAUUAUUGAAGACGCAAUAAACUCGGGCCUGUAUGUCGAUAUUUCGAAGACAUCAUUAAACGACACUCUUGAGCACUUUGGGAAGACACCAUCUGAUGUGCGAUUUCAACAAGACAGAGCAACACCGCAUACAUCGGGUAUUACUAAACAAUGGUUCGCCGACAAUGAGUUUAACCUAGACGAAAUCAUGGAUUGGCCACCCCAAAGUCCCGAUCUUAAUCCCAUUGAACAUGUCUGGCAUCUCCUAAAGCUUAGGCUUAAUAAGUAUCCCACUAGGCCCUCUACAAAAGAAGAAUUAGAACGGCGUAUUAACAUUCAGUGA